GCACGGUCACACUCUUCUGUGUAUCAGAGCUGUUGUUGAUUUUUUGUGCAGAAAACUAUUGGCUUCCCCCGUGUUUUCCACAAUUGUCCCAUCUCGCCGAAUUGUGUAACUCGGACGCUGGCCACAGGGACACUCAAAUCCAAGAGCGCCGAGACAGAGGAGCAGGAGCCGGAGCUGGAGCAGAUCGGUCCAUGGACUACGAGAAGGUCGCGCUGAACGCAGGCGGAGGCAGUACAGCCGGGUCCGAGCAGGAUCUGGCCAUGUGUGGCGGCCAGGAGGUGAUCGAGGGCCGGGCCAAGGAGAAGGCUCGUCGCUACUGGACGCCCAGCGAGGAGGAGCGUCUCUACGAGAUCUGGGGCCGCGACAACUGGCGGCUGACUCGCACCGGCAAGAAUACCAUAUUUUUCGGCCGCUGGUCCGAGGAGCUUCGCGACCGGUUCGCCGUGGACGUGAAGCCCGAGGAGAUCCAGAUGAAGGUCAAUCAGACCAGGGCCAAGUUCAGGUCGGUGAAGAAACAACUGCAGGCGGACCCCUCCAGCCAAGCCACGCGCUGGAAGAAGUACGACAUCAUCAACCGCAUCCUGAAGAACCUGCAUAGGCCCAAGAACGCCGAGCCACUGCCACCAGAGGCACUGCUCAAUAAUCGGGACAUGACGCCGCCACGCGAUGAUGCGCCCAACGAGCAGCAACAGCAGCAGCAGCAGCAACCACAGCAACAACAGCAGCAGCCUGUGCAACAGCAGGCUAUUGUUCUGGCCUCUGAGCCGCCGGCUGCCACCUUUUACAACAGCAGCAGCAAUAGCAACCAUGGCAGCAGCCACAAUAACAACAACAGCGGCGGGAUGAGCUUUAGCACGGAGCUGUUUACGGACCAGUACGACGAGGUGGUCAAGCAGGAGUACGAGGACGAAGAGUAUCGCUCGCUGCCCUUUCCGGAGCAGCUGCAACAGUAUUCGCCAGCCGAGCCGGCUCAGCUGCUCGAGCUGCAGACGCCACAACAGCAACAGCAGCAGCAGCAGCAGCAACAACAGCAGCAGUUCCAGCAAAGCUAUGAGACGCAGUUUCAACAGCAGCCGGUACAUUUCAAUAACAACAGCGGCAGCAGCGUUGUGGCCACCUCGACUGUUAACCACCAGCCCAUCACGGCGGUAGCCUAUAUCAAUAGCAGCAACAACACCAUCAGCGUGGCCACCAACGCGAACGGAGCCAUGGCAGCGCCAGUGUCAGUCCAAGCUCCAGCGUCCGAUCCGGCUGCUGCUCGGGCUCCAGCUUCAGCUCAGGGCUCCAACCCGCCUGGCGCCUCACCUGUCCCCGUGCCACGGAAACGUGGUCGUCCAUACGGAUCCGUAAAUCCGCCGCACGCCGACUCGCUGGAGGCUCUUUACAUGGAGGAGGUUAGGCGGAAGAACCAGCUACUGUACGAGCAGACCAAGAUUUGCCGCCAGCGCCUGGAGCUGGAAGAGCGCAAGGUCGACCUCAUGCAGACCUUCUUUCCCAAGUGUCUGGAGCAGCAGGCGCAGAUUCUGGCGCACAUGAUGCAGCUCCAGAAGCAGCAGCCGAACCACCAGCUGCAGCAUCAGCAUCCUACGGCCCAGCGGCCGCAGUGAGAACCCUUUUGGACUUUAAAACCUCAAUUUAGGACCGCAGUUCAUGAACUUUAGUUUCAGUUACUCGAUCAGUACCACACAACUUAACAAAAAACAUGCAACAAUGUUUAUAAGAUUAAG